CCUACAUUAUGUUUCAGUGUUAAUUCCCAGUUUAAAUCCAACACACUGAAAUGUCCAAAUUUUUGUUAACUUUUGUAGUCAAGAGCUGCCCUUUGCAGCUGCAAAAACUGGGCAAUAGCUGUGCCCUCAUUCGAGGUGCCAAGUACUCCCUUGGCACUAUCAAUAGUCGCUAUACAAACUUCUCUUCCGAGUUGGAAAAUACUCUGCAGUCGGAGAAAAAUUAUGAGAGCAUCAAAAAACUCUCCAAGUAUGCCACCCGCCACGUAAAAUGGGAACGCCAACGGGACCAGUCAGAUCUGCAAUAUUUUAACUAUUUGUUGCUGGAUCCUCGCGUAACAAACAAGCUGGCCAGUCGGGCCUCAGGAAUGCACUGCAUUGAUAUCUGGUUUACUUUUCUAAGGGCCAUUUUCUAUGUGGGCAAAGGCAAGGGUAUCCGCCCAUAUAUCCACUUUGUGCAAGCCGAGAAACUGCUUGGCAAGCCGGACAACAUCAAGCAGGCCAAAGAUCCGAAACUAGCGUUAAUGUUGUCAAUUUGGGAGCAUAAACGCGGUAUCUUGCUGCUGCGUGGCUUCCGGGGCAUCUCCUCCGAAGAUGCACAGACUCGCGAGGCCUCCAUGAUCAGUGCACUGAGCAUGAAUCAUUUGACCAAUCGACGAAAGGGUGUUUACUUCGGUCCGGCCAAGGAAAAGUUUACACCUACGCAGAGGAAGCUGCUGGGAAUCGCAUUGCUCCAUAAGCUAAUGGGUCAAUUCAUUGCGAAAGAAGAGCGAGAAAUUUAUCCUCAGAUAUCUGUGGACAAGGCUGCAAAGGCGGCCUAAUAUGCACACAUUAAUUAUUAA